GACAUGUACGUGAACAUCUCAGCAGCUGCCUGGCUGAACCAGUCCGCCCGGUAAACUGAAACAUCGCUGUGAGCGUGAGAGGUGUGAGGUCUUAUUCUGUUGCCGGGGGUCUGUGGGUGAGUUAUCACUAUGAGAGCGCUGUGGCUGAAGCGGCCGGUCCUCAUGCUGGUGGGCGUAGGGCUCGUCUUCUACGUGGGAACGUUUGUAAAGAAUGGAUAUGAGUUUACAGAGGGGACUGCCAAAGUGGAGGACCCAUCGCGAAUGAUCAGGAGUUUUUCUGACCUGGAAGCAAGCAUCAGCAAUCUCCACAAUGUACUCCGAGCAUUUGAACAGAAGCAGGAUGUCAUGCAGAAAAUGCUUGAAGAAGACAGACAGAGAAAAGGUACAGAGGUCCAACAGCAGCCACCUGCCCAGAAACAGCCAGAGCAGAAAGAACAGCCUGAAGCAAAGAUCCAGGAACAGAAGGAGCCACCCAAACCGAAAAAGUCUGGCAAACUGUACCCUGACUCUGCCCUGUUCAAGGAGUGGGGUGAGAAUCUGUCUGAGGAUGACCAGAGAGAGGCGCAGAGUCUGUUUGAGAAGUAUGGAUACAACGUCUUUCUCAGUGAUCGCCUUCCUCUAGAUCGAGCUCUUCCAGAUACCAGGGAUCCAAGAUGUGUGAAAAAGACUUAUCCAAAAGACCUGCCAAGCGUCGGAGUGGUGCUAAUCUACUUGAAUGAAGCCCUGUCCAUCAUCAAAAGAGCCCUGCGCAGCAUCAUCGACCGCACCCCGAAAAACCUACUGAAGGAAAUAAUAAUGGUGGAUGACAAUAGCUCUAAUGAGGACCUGAAGGGGGACCUUGACGCGUAUGUGAAGUCUCUUGAGCAAGAGAACCCAACUCUCCGUAUUACUAGAGUGAGGCACACUGAGCAGCGAGGGCUUGCCUACGCCAGGGCCUCUGGGUGGAGAGCUGCUACCGCUGAUGUGGUGGCCAUCCUGGAUGCACACAUAGAGGUCCAUGACAUGUGGGUUGAACCCCUGCUGACACAGAUCAAAGCCGACCGAACAGUGGUGGUGUCCCCCGUGUUUGACAGAGUCAACUUCGAUGACCUCAAGGUUAUUCAGUACCUUCCAGCAGCACACGCCUUCGACUGGGCUUUGUGGUGCAUGUAUGAGAGUUUUACACCCAAGUAUUACACCCUCAACGACAGCUCUCUGCCUGGGAAGAGUCCAUCGGUCAUGGGAAUCCUAGUUGCUGAAAGGAAAUUUCUAGGGGAAAUUGGACUCCUCGAUGAAGGAAUGAAAGUGUACGGUGGAGAAAAUGUUGAGCUGGGAAUUCGUGUGUGGACAUGUGGAGGCAGUGUUGAAGUAGUUCCGUGCUCCAAGAUCGCCCACAUUGAGAGGAACCACAAGCCCUACAUGCCGGAUCUGUCCAUGGCCAUGAAGAGAAACGCUCUGAGGGUAGCAGAAGUCUGGAUGGAUGAUUACAAACACAACAUCAAUCUGGCUUGGAACUUGCCAUUUGAGAACCACGGAAUUGACAUUGGGGAUAUAAGUGAAAGGAAAAAACUCAGAGAGAGGUUGAACUGUAAACCUUUCAAAUGGUACCUGGAAAAUGUGUAUCCCAAGUUGGAUCCCUGGGACAACCUACUUGGAUAUGGAGGGAUGAAGAAUCUUGAUGCUAACAUGUGCUUAGACCAAGGCCCAGUGCCAGGUCACACACCCAUUGCCUUCGGCUGCUACUACUAUGGACCUCAAUUCACGUACUACCGCACAAGUGGUGAGCUCUACAUCGGCGGCAUCAAGUCCCACAAGUACAAUGACAACCGGUGUUUGACUGAUGUUGGCAAAAAAGAAACUGAGCCUGGCCUUUACAACUGCAAAGAAGCUAUGCAGAAAGGAAUGGGGAUAUACUGGGACUUCACUCAGGGCAAAGAACUGAAAAACAGACAAACAAAAAGAUGUCUGGAGAUUAAAGAUGGCAGACUUCUAAUACAGGAAUGCUCUGGCCAGAGAUGGGAAAUCCAAAACAUAAUCAAAGCCUUUUAACUUGUCUGUGUGGCCAACAAUAAGUGCGCUUCUCUGCUCAUAGGUCAGUGGAUAAUAAUAUCCGAAAAUCUAAAAGACAGUCAAUGAAAUGUGGCUACCAUUACAACUCUUGUAAUCAUUUAAAUGUUCUCUUAUUUGGGAUUGAAAAAGUAAUUGAUUUCGUUAAUCUUAAGUGAAAUUUACUGACUUUUCCCUAAAAACAGAAUUUUGUAAGUUUUUGCUUAACAUCAUGUGCCGGCAUUGAGGCUAUAAAUAAUAAUUUUCUCUAUUCGUCAAUAUGAUAACUAUUUUUUUUAAAGUUAUUAAAAAAAGUUCAAAAUCA